AUGACUGACAAAUUGGCGGACGAUGAUGGUCCUUCAGACAGCAGUCUUCUUGUUAUAAUAGUUGACACUAAUCCAAAUCAGAGGUAUAUAACAGAAGAUCCAAAAGUUCUAACUGGAUGCCUAGAUGCUGUCAUCGCAUUUGCAAACUCUCACUUAAUGCAGAAGUCCAGGAAUUUACUCGCCGUUAUUGGGUGCCAUUUCCAUAAAAGUGAAUAUCUUUACCCAUCUCCAGGAAAACCUUUGGAUGUGAGACAGAUAGACGGCCAGUAUGAGCUGUUUACAUUAGUUGAGAAAACUAUUAAAAUGAGGUUGGUGAACUUGAUCAAAAGUCAACCACUAGAAGAGAAACCUGGGGAAUCUCUCCUAGCCGGAGCAUUGGCCAUGGCCCUCUGCUUCAUUGCUAGAAUGCGUCGUGAAGCCACACCAGGGCUCCGCAUGAGCAGCCGGAUCCUCAUAGUUACAGGCAGUACGGACACAGCUGCCCAAUAUAUAAAUUAUAUGAAUGUAUUCUUUACUGCUCAGAAACAACAGGUACUGAUUGACGUCUGUUCAUUGGACAAGCAUCUUAGUUUAUUGCAACAGGGAUGUGACAUCACCGGAGGCCUCUACCUCAAAGUGCCCUCGCUUGAAGGCUUACUGCAAUAUCUAUUGUGGGUUUUCCUCCCUGAAGCUUCGGAACGUAAAGAAUUAGUGUUACCAGGUAGGGGUAGGGUCGAUUACCGAGCAGCCUGUUUCUGUCAUCGGGAGUUGCUGACAAUUGGUUAUGUUUGCUCUGUUUGCUUGAGUGUAUUCUGCAAGUUCAGUCCAAUUUGUACCACUUGUCACACUGUAUUCAAAAUCGGCGGGCCUUUACCUAUCAAACCUAAAAAGAAGAAGAUGAAAGUUUGA